CUCAACAUGCAGACGCUAAUGGGCUCAAGCGUGGGGGGAAAAAACACAUAAUAUUUCCUGUCAUCUCUCAGCACAUUUGACCUGAAGUGAAGAGUAUUUGUUCAAAACUCUGUUGGCACCACAAUGGAUUUCCUCACUGAAGGCUUGUGACGUUUUCUAGAGCCAUGGAGGUGCCGGUAGACAGCUUAAAAGUCCGUUACAAAGAAGAAGACGGAGCGGUGUUGUUUGAGAGCUACAUACCCCCCUCGAGGGACGCCAUCCACCUGCCGACCUAUGUGCUCUAUCUGCUCAUGGCCAUUUUCAUCGUGCUAGGUGUUCUCUACGCCAUCAUCGGUCACCUCAUAAAGGACCUCAUCCAUGACUUUGCAGACUGGCUCUUGGGGGAGCAGCCUGAGGAGGUGGUGGUCAACUAUUGUGAGGCCAAAGACAAAUUUGUGGCCGACUGGUGUCCAGAAACCACGCCGGAGCUGCAGGAGAUGGCCCGAGCCGAGGAGAGCAGGAUGGCUGAGAAAGACUUUAUGAAGUCACCUCCUAUCUGGAUCAUCACUACGGAGCCUCGGGGCACUAGGACAGGGCCCCGUGUGGUCUUUGGGAAGAGGACUUAAAAAGAAUGUGCUCUCAGAGACUGGAUAUUUAAUUUUAAUGACAAUUACAAAGUCAUACAUGCUUCUGAUGCUGAUGCUUUGGUCAUAGGAGGACAUCUAGUGUUUCUCAUAGUCAGUACAGCUGGGAAAAAACCCUGCUAAGUCACUGCAUUGUGAGAAUCUGCAAAUAACAAUCACAAUGAUUCAGAUAUAAUUUAUUUGGUUGUUUAUACAAUGAAUGUCUGCUAUAAUGAAAGCUUUAGCUAACUCAUUGGUAGGGUUCUUUUAGAGACAUUUUUAUGUUUAAGAGUGUAACAAACUACAAGUCCACAAGAGGAGGCCACCAACCUUGACUGUGACUUACUGGCCACGACAUUGUGUAAACAAAGUAAUGAGCUUCAAUCCUUCCUUCACUCUCUUGACUGCUGCAGGCCCCUUUUGGAAAUCAUAUCCUGUGAUUCCAUUCAUCAUUUACCACAAUGUUAACAAGAUUACUUGUUAAAAGUGAGCAUUUUAAUCCCAUUUUCUUUCACUGACUUCAAACAGUGCCAUAAUCUUAUUAACUUUUACUCACUCCGAACCCCCCCUCACUCUCUCUCUCUCUCUCUCUCUCUCUCUCUCUCUCUCUCUUUCUCUCCAAACCCUGCAAACAACACUGCCAUCAGUACAAAUUAUGUAAUCAGCAGCCUCUGUAACUUUAGACCAACAGCUGAGCAGCACAUUAUCAAACUGUAAUGUGACUAUCUGAACUAUAAAACGAUUUAAAUGAGGAGAAAAUUUAACACAUUUAAAAGCAUAGUGAAAUGACAGAUCAAUCAAUGAUAAACAGAAUGUGAUAUUUUACCUUUUUUGUUGUUUUUGUUUUUUGUUUGUUUGUUUUUUUUGCUCAAAAAGACAUUGUCAGCUCCCUCUUGUGUCACAAUUAGUCAGUUAAUUCAAAACGAUAGGACACUGAGUAAUUGGAGCACAUGGUGAUUAUGAUUAUUGCCAUUUUUACAACCUCUGAUGACCACUUUAGCAAGCAAGAUACUUUUAGUGUUAGUCCAAGUGCUCUGAUAUCUACUAUAUAUCUAUAAAGCCAUUACACUCACAUCCCAAUUGUUCCAUCAUUUGUUGUACAGUGCCACAAUAUUUGGUACACUUGCACACUGCAAUGAGAUCAAAUUCAAGAACUGUAUCAAUCAUUCUGCCUCUUACAAACAUAAUAAUGCUAAAUUUUAAUCAGCACUGACUGAGAGACAUUAUUUUGACAAUAUGCUUAUUAUUGCUGCAGUAGUUUAUAGUGGUGUAUAACUCUGCAGCAUCAAACUAGGGUGUUUGUAAUAGUUUAUGUGAGCAUAUUUGAAAGGAAGGGUGAAAGAGUAAACAUCGGCUUUACUGGAAAGCCGUUUGAGCAUGUAGUUACAGUUCCAACACUACACUGUGUGUUUAUAUAUUAGUAAUACAUUUCAGCGCACAAGUAGGAGAACGCACCAGUAGAACCGUUUGUUUGUUUUUCCCACUAGUGGCCUAGUCACUGCUGAACUGUACUCCUGUUCAGCCUGUAUAUGCUACCCUUGCGUCAAAUUCUUCAGAACUUUAAUUUUGACUAUCAUAGCUAUGCAGAUGCCACACAGUUAUAUCAAGCAGUGUCUCCAUAUGACUACAGUUCAAUUGAGGAGUUUUGUCACUGUCUAAAACAGAUAAAUAACUGGAUGAACCAAAAUUGUGUUCAAUUAAACAAAACUGAGAUAAUUGUUUUUGCCAAUAAAUAAAGAGGAUUGCUGUUAGUAAAUACCUGGAGUCACUCUCUUUAAAAACCAAAGACCAAGUCCGAAACCUUGGUGUACUGAUAGAUUCCGACCUGACUUCCAACAGUCAUAUCAAAUCAAUUACUAAAACCGCCUUCUACCAUCUGAAGAACAUAUCCAGAGUGAAGGCUUGCAUGUGUCAAACAGACCAGGAGAAGCUCAUCCAUGCUUUUAUCUCAAGUACACUUGACUAUUGUAAUGGUCUUCUGACUGGACUCCCCAAAAAGAGCAUUAAACAGCUGCAGCUCAUUCAGAAUGCUGCAGCUCGGGUUUUGACCAGAACAAAGAGGUCAGAGCAUAUUACUCAAAUUCUAAAGUCUUUACGCUGGCUUCCAGUCAACUUUAAAAUAGAUUUUAAAGUUAUGCUACUGGUCUAUAAAUCACUAAACGCAGUAGGGCUCUGAGAUCGACAGACUAUGGCCAAAUAGUGGAGCACAGAGUCCAAAGCAAACAUGGCGAAGCAGCAUUUAGCUAUUUUACUGCACACAAAUGGAAUAAGUUGCCAACAAAGGUGUCGUCAGCCCCAAGUGUGCAUGUUUUUAAGUCCAAAUUAAAAACUCUUCUUUUUUCCCAUGCUUUUUAGAACAUUUCCACUUUUAAAAUUAUAUUUCUUGCACUGUACGCUGUUUUAAUUGUAUGUUUUUUCUCUUUGUUUUAGAUGUUUAUAAGCUGCUUUUGUUCUUUGUUUUUAAAUACUUUUAAUCAUGUAAAGCACAUUGAGUUACCUUGUGUAUGAAAUGCGCUAUAUAGAUACAUUUGCUUUGCUUUGCUUCCAUGUGAAGACAAAGAGCAUACUAGUAAAUGGACUUCAUGAUGGAUAUCAAGGAUAUCAAAUAAAUGCUUAAAUGACUUUCCAUACUAG